AUGAGCGAACGAAAGGAAGAUAUUCAAGCCUUUCUGGACACCUAUCAGCAACUCAUUGGAGCAUCACUCCAAACAAAACAAGAUCAAUUAAUUGAUUUCAUAACCUAUCAUGAGAAGGAUAAAACAUCUCCGAGAAAAUAUGUGUUCAUUACGAGUGGAAAGAUGAAUGUACCACUCGAACGAAAUACUGUGAGAUAUAUUUCAAAUUUUUCAACCGGACGAAGAGGAGCACAAUCGUCAGAAGAAUUUCUCAAGAAUGGAUAUGUUGUUGUUUUUCUAACACACGAAUCGGCAAAAAGACCUUUAAAUAUUUUAGAACAUGUAAAUCCUGAUAGUUUUACGUUGAAUGAGAAUGAUGGAUUGGUUUCGUUUUCCUCAUCCAAUGAAAAAUUGAAACAAUUGGUGCGACUACGAAAAAAAGUGAACAGUGAAAAAUUAUUGCUUGAGAUUAGUUAUGAUACACUUUUUGAAUAUUUAUUAAUGCUCAAAUUUAUUUGUAAAGAUGUUAUUGGUGACUUGAAUUUAGGAAGAAGAGCCAUCUUAUAUGCGGCGGCUGCAGUCUCUGAUUUUUACAUUCCAUACGAUGAAAUGAGCGAGCAUAAGAUUCAGUCAAGAAAUGUUCAGGACGGGAAGCUCGAGCUUGUAUUAUCACAAACUCCGAAAAUGCUAAAAAUGGUGAAGUCAGAAUGGUGUCCACAGGCCUUUGUUGUGACAUUCAAAUUGGAGUCUGAUGUUGGAAUUAUUGAUGAGAAGGUGAAACAAGCGAUGCAAAACUACGGAAUGGAUAUUGUCUUGUCCAAUAUUUUGUCAACAAAAGAAACUAAAAUUUACGUGCAUGAGAAACGAAUAUUGGAAGAGAAGGUGAAAUUUGAUUCAGGUCAGUUAGUCGAAAAGAGUUCUAAUCAGGACUGUCUUGAGGUUGAGUUGAUUCCUCUUCUUUGUGCUAAACAUAAUCGCUACAUGAUGUCACCAACUCCUCCAACAGUUAGCAGUGAAGGUUCUUCUUCAAAAAUUGUACAUGAUAUACAAAAUUAG